GGGGGGUGCUGCUGAGCCCCGGACAGCUGGAGGGGGUAAACAGGGGAGGGGGCGGGGGGGCACGGCCGAGGCCCAGGCUGGGCCGCGCCUGAGGGGCCUCCCCACGCCCCGGCGGAGACACCCGGCGACAUCGGGGCCCGACUGGCACCUCACGGUCCGCUCCGUCCCGCUCUCCCCCCGCAUGGAUGGAGCCUCCCAACUUCCAGUGCCCGCUGCGCCCGCACCCGCGAGGCCUGACAGGUAAUUAAAUGCCCUCGGUGUGGCUCUCUGCUCUGUUGGCAUGCUUGGAUGCACAGAAGCUCUUCCCAUAGCUUCCUUUCGUCUGCCCCACUGCAAGAAGAUGGCAAAAGCAAACAUUACCAGAGACAUCAUCCACAGACAGAUCAAGGAGAGGGGUGCACUGGGCUUUGAACGACACUAUCACGUCACCGAUCCCUUCAUCCGACGCCUGGGCCUAGAGGCAGAGCUGCAGGGUCACUCUGGGUGUGUCAACUGUCUAGAAUGGAAUGAAAAAGGAGACUUGUUGGCCUCUGGCUCUGAUGACCAGCAUACCAUUGUCUGGGAUCCUCUGCACCACAAGAAACUCCUUUCUAUGCAUACAGGACAUACUGCAAACAUCUUCUCUGUCAAGUUCUUGCCACAUUCAGGGGACCGGAUCCUCAUCACGGGAGCUGCAGAUUCCAAGGUGCAUGUCCAUGACUUGACUGUCAAGGAGACCAUCCACAUGUUUGGAGAUCACACCAACAGAGUUAAACGGAUUGCCACAGCUCCCAUGUGGCCUAACACCUUCUGGAGUGCAGCAGAAGAUGGGCUGAUCAGACAGUACGACCUGAGGGAGAACAGCAAACGUUCAGAAGUCCUGAUAGACCUGACAGAAUACUGUGGGCAGCUGGUGGAGGCCAAAUGCCUGACAGUCAACCCCCAGGACAACAACUACUUGGCAGUAGGGGCAAGUGGACCCUUUGUGAGGCUCUACGACAUACGCAUGAUCCACAACCACAGGAAAAGCGUGAAGCAGAGUCCUUCUGCUGGAGUGCACACGUUCUGUGACCGACAGAAACCCCUCCCAGAUGGAGCAGCACAGUACUACGUGGCAGGGCACCUUCCAGUGAAGCUUCCAGACUACAACAACCGCCUGAGAGUUCUGGUGGCCACGUACGUCACCUUCAGUCCCGAUGGCACCGAGCUCUUGGUCAACAUGGGAGGGGAGCAGGUCUAUUUGUUUGAUCUAACAUACAAACAGCGACCGUACACUUUUCUCCUCCCAAAGAAGUGCCACACUUCAGGAGAAGUGCAGAAUGGCAAAACCUCCACCAACGGGGUGUCGAACGGCAUCCACCUCCACAGCAACGGCUUCCGCCUGGCUGAGGGCAGGGCACAUGGCAGUCCCCAAGUGGAGUUACCUCCAUAUCUGGAGAGAAUCAAGCAGCAAGCCAACGAAGCCUUUGCUUGCCAGCUGUGGACACAAGCCAUCCAGCUAUACAGCAAAGCAGUCCAGAAAGCCCCCAACAAUGCCAUGCUGUACGGAAACAGAGCUGCUGCCUACAUGAAGCGCAAGUGGGAUGGGGACCAUUAUGAUGCUUUAAGAGACUGCUUGAAGGCCAUAUCCUUAAAUCCAUGCCACCUGAAGGCCCAUUUCCGUCUUGCCCGCUGUCUCUUUGAACUCAAGUACGUGGCAGAGGCUCUGGAGUGUCUGGAUGACUUUAAAGGGAAGUUCCCAGAACAAGCCCACAGCAGUGCCUGCGAUGCGCUCGACAGAGACAUCAACGCAGCCCUGUUCUCCAAGAGUGAUAAUGCUGAAGACAAAAAAGGGGGUGGCCCCAUCCGGCUGCGAGCCACGGGCCGCAAGGAUUCCAUCUCUGAGGACGAGAUGGUGCUGAGGGAGCGCAGCUAUGACUACAAAUUCCGAUAUUGUGGCCACUGUAACACUACCACAGACAUCAAAGAGGCCAAUUUCUUUGGCAGCAAUGCACAGUACAUAGUCAGUGGGUCAGACGACGGCUCCUUCUUCAUCUGGGAAAAAGAAACCACCAACCUCGUUCGAGUGCUGCAGGGAGACGAGUCCAUUGUGAAUUGUCUCCAGCCUCAUCCCAGUUACUGUUUCCUGGCCACCAGUGGCAUUGACCCAGUGGUACGGCUGUGGAACCCCAGGCCAGAGAGUGAGACCCUUAAUGGGCGUGUGGUUGUGGACAUGGAAGGUGCUUCCCAGGCCAACCAGCGGCGGAUGAACGCGGACCCGCUGGAGGUGAUGCUGAUGAACAUGGGGUACCGGAUCACGGGACUGACCAGUGCUGGGGCUGGGGGCUCAGACGACGAGGACAGCUCAGAGGGGCAAGUCCAGUGCCGACCCAGCUAAAACAGAACUGCCUCUCCUUCCUCUCAAUGUUUGCAGAAAGGGAACCUCGUUUCCUUGGGCCUGAACUUUCUCUGAUGAGUGACUGCACUGUUUCGCACUAUGCACAGAGUAGGACAAGCUGGCAGGGGCAGGAGCGGCCGUCUCUAAACCAUCACCUCCUUCUUCUCCCGUCACGCUACCGAGCAGCAUGGCAGUGCAGUCUGGGGUUUGCCUUUAGUGGAAUUUAGUCCCAGCAGGGGUCUUUGAGUUGUCUGUAAGCAGUGUUAAGCUGGUGAUUUAUGUUUUAUUUCCAGAGCUGCUGUAUGGUGUGGUACAGGAGGAUGUUGCCUGCAUUUGUGCGUUUGCAGAGGGGACGUUAAAUUCCUGAGUAAUACACAAACCCAGGGCAGGGCUUCUGGAAUGAAUUUACUGCAGUGAUCCUGGUCUUGAAAGCUUGACUCUGCUUUUGUGCUGCCAGCCUGUCUAGAGGCCCCUAGUUUAGGGUUGUUGGCCAUGAAACACCUAUUUUGUCCCAUAGCAUCUUUCUUCUGCCUUCUGCCUCUAACAUGUUGUCACCAGAUGUAGCUGUGUUGUAUUAAGGACUGGAUGUUGCCUGUCUUGUCCCUGGGCAUCUGUCUUAGUUGAUGAAUCAGUGAAGGCACUGAAUAUGUGCAGCUCAACAGGGCAGGGUGUGCUUGCCCAGCUCUGAUACUUCCUUCCGUGGUCUGUGAACCCAUGGAGAAAGGUGAUAGCAAUGGGAGCAGGUUCAGUCAGAGGCCUGGGACUCAUGUAAGAGUCCCUGAGGAAAGGGGCUGUUCCAGAGCUUCUCUCUCCAUUGCCCAGAGUGUGUAUAGCUGUCUUCACCUUCCCCUCUCCAUGUCGCCUGUGCUGGAGCUGGGAACGUUGCCAUCGUGUGUACAUUGCAAGGAAAGUUUCGAGCUCUCAGACAGCAGCAUUUUUGUGCAGUCAGCUGCUCAGUCUUGGCCAAGGUGGGCCUGCUCCACCUCACUGCUGGUGUAGCAUCUGAUGGAUUCGUGGUCCUCUCAGGAACCCUCCUCCCUCUUCCCACUCUCCACACACUGACUCUGGCUGCGAGGUCAGGAGUCCACCUAGAAAUCCAGCACUGGACUUCCAUCCCUUCCCCUCUCACAUAACAGCCCUCUUUUUUUUUCCUCCUCUCACAGUUGCCAAACACUAAAUAUCAGAUAGAUCUUACACAGCUGUGCUACAACCCAAUCUGAAGAGGUUGUCUUUUUCUAGGACUAUCAACUAAGACCAAAGAGCCCCUGGAGAUCUCACUGCACUGCGCUGUCUCCUGUCUUUUACUGCUGAAGGUCUGAACCUGCCAGCCUCGGUCCCAGGGGUGUGAGGUGUGUGUCUGGGAGCGUGUGUGCCUGUGUGUGUGCUGCAUUAGGGCUGUUCUUCCAUGUGGUGCAAUCCCUGGUCUUCCUGUUUCUGCUGUGGAAAAAUGAGAGGCCUCCUUUUCCUUCUCUGGCCGCUUCUGGCUGCCAGGCGGUGAUGAGAUUGCGCAGUGCUGGCUGAUGAAGGUAACUGGCUUCCUCUCUCUUCCAGAACAGUCUUUAUGAGAUGAGGGAGCCCUGGGCAGGAGGGAGAGGGGUCACUGAGUCUCUCCAAGGACACUGUUCCCUGUGCAGAGAUCCCACACAGCCCCUUUGUAAUCACAGUGGAGCUCACUGGGCCCUGCCCCACAGACAGAGACAUCCAUCUGCUCUUUCGGGUGUGGGUGGAGCAGCCUUAGCAAAGCCCAGGCCUGUGGGAGUGUGGCUGCCAGCCCCAGGAACCCCUGGCUGCCCUUGGGCUCUGCUGCACAUUCACCCUCUGCCUCCUCCUGCCGAGGCAGAGCUCUCCUGGCACAGACUGGCACUUGCUGAGGCACCUUUGCCCGUUUCCACGCAGCACUGGCACGGGGGCUGGGGCUGCUUGCUCAGUGUUACCCCUCGGGCUGGGCACAAGCUCCCCCACCCCAAGUGUACCCUGGUACUCAAUGCUCUUCAAAACCCAGAGGCAACAGCAAAUUCUUCUCACUCGAGUGGCUCUCUGACAUGGUCUGGCCUUGUCUUUCUUUGCUUAAGGCUUUCCUACUAGACACAGACUCGUUUUUUUCCCCCUACUCCUCCCACUCAAACUUUUUUUUAUCUUUCAGUAGACAGUGUCAGCAGACUUUGAUUUUUAAAGCGAGAGACUGAGAUGGAAAGCUCUGAAGAGAAUAGACCUCUCCCUCCCCAUUCACCUUUUGCUGUGGCAGCUAUUUUUUGUUGUUUUUUUACCCUUGUGAGACAGUGUGACUCUUUUACCUGCCAGAUGCACGGUGAAAGCCACAAUAGAUUCCCUGCCUCUGCAGUGGAUUGCUUUUUUAAACAUCUGCUUUGGUUAAAGAAAGAGAAAUACUAAUGUGAGACAAGGGGAGGGGAAAGAAAAUCUCUCUGGCUCUGGCCCCUGUUGCCCCUUGUCGUGGGCAGAUCACCUGCUUCAUCCUUUGUUCAGGAGGAAUCUGUAUUUAUUGGUGAAGGAAAAAACAAGCUGGGGAAGUAGGGAGAAGAUGUGCUUUAUUGACCUCUGCUGUUUACUUCAACCCCCUCUUUGGGAAAGCUUCUUCCUGCUCUUUCUGAUUAACUCUUUCUAGCCUGGGAUGUGCAGGGAUGCCACCUUUAUUUUUGUAUUCCAGCAAUGGGCUCUCCAUGAGGAGACUCAGAGGGUUCUCUUGUUGCAAUGACCAUUGCUUCUCGCUUUCAGAAGUACUAAAGAUGAUCAUCUCAUAAACUUUGCCCCUGCAGUCGUAGAGGUAACACACAAGCCUUACUGUCCUCAUUAGAAGGAGCAGAAAACUUGUUUCUCUGGUCCCUGGAAGAGAAAGGGUUAAGCAAUUAAACAAUUCUUUGUUCUA